AUGGCGGAAGCUACGCAUACGACCACCGCUCCGCCUGGAGCAUGUCCGACGCACGCAGAGGUCCAUGAAGCGCCGCCACUCUUCCAGAAUGGCGUCCUGACCUUUCAGGCCCAUCAUGUCGGAUGGAUUGUUGCUAGCUUUUUUGCCAUAGUCGCAACAGCAGUCUCGAUUUGGUUGAUUAUCAAGGCUAGUUACAGCACUUGGCAGCCACCUGCGGCGUUUCUAACAUUGCCGCCUGUAGCACCUUUCCUGGUACACCAAUCGACGACAACAACGUCAGAUUGUAAGACUACUCCUCAUGGUUCCAAUCUACGCGAUUAUCAGCUGCGGUUGCUAUUUCUUCUGGGUGAGCACUCAAAGUCGGGCCUUCAUUGCGGAGCGCUUACCCGUGUCGAUGAACAGAAUCACGCUAUUCCUCUCAGCCUUAUUCGUGACGCCUACGAGGGCAUUAUUCUCGCCGCCUUCUUUUAUCUCCUCUUACAAUACCUCGCACCUACCCAGGCAGAGCAAAAAGAGUACUUCCGGACCUACAAGCUUCAGAAAUGGGCCUGGCCUUUUGGAUGGGUGAAAAGAAAGCCGGAUGGUCUCUACUUUCUUCAGCUCAUGAAAUGGGCCAUCCUUCAAUAUUGCUGGGUCAGACCUUUGACCACCUUUGCAGCAAUCAUUAUGAACAUGAUAGGUAUUUACUGCGAGGCAUCCUGGAGUCCGCGCUUUGGCAGUGUAUGGAUUCUGAUCAUCGUCUCUUUGUCAGUGACGGUGGCAAUGUACUGCCUGAUUCAGUUCUACCUGUCCAUCUCGGACAGAAUCAAGCAGCAUCGGCCCAUACUCCAGCUCUUCUCCAUCAAAGCCAUUAUCUUUUUGAUGUUCUGGCAAACCGCCUUUUUGAGCGCUUUGCACUCCUUCGACGUCAUCAAGGAUACUAAAUAUAUGACCGCGCGAGAUAUCAAUGUCGGAUUUGCAGCUCUUUUGCAGACAUUUGAGAUGAUGCUCUUUGCAUUUCUCCACGUAAGCUGCUUCUCGUAUAUCCCAUACCGGAAGGCAGAUCGUUCAGAAAUGACGCCCAAAGGCCCAGCCUUUCUCAACGCCAUGGACUUUCGUGAUUUCUGGCGCGAGACGCGAGACGGUUCUGUUUAUAUGUGGCGAACUGCACGUGGAAAGGAGGCAGAGUUUGAAGCAAGGCGACGCACUCACUUUGAACGCGCGAUGGGAAAGAGCCGCACCGUUACUGAUGUAAAGAAGGAGCUGCCGCCAGAACCUCACCCACCGGAGGACGACGAGGAUAGUGCCGAUGAAGGUUUCUCCCACUUCAACCGCAAACCCCUGGGUGCGCAUGGAAGAACUUCAUCGGGCAAGCCAUCCAAGAAAUCAAGUGGAAUCAAGCAGCAAGGAUCCCGAGAGAAGAAACCGCGAGCAAUCGAGAUUGACGAGGAGAUGGCUCUCCCCGGUCAUGAACGAGGUCAACGCUCGUGGUGGAAUCGCAUGUACGGACGCCUUUCGGGAGAUGAUCCCGAGUCUGAGAUCGAUCUGGCAAGGGGUAAAAGAUCCAAAGGCGAUGCGAUUGCACUUCCUCUCCAUUCCUCGGACGGCAAGGUUCGCGCCUAUGCCACCGGAAUUAUGGACCUAGAUGAGCCACCUCCACCAUCUCUCCUUGGCAAGUCAAGAGCCUCCGGUGCGGUACUGAAGAGCUACGAGAUUGAUGAGAAGCAGCCGUUUUUGGACUGGGACCCCUCCACCACGCAGCCACCCCGUGUUCCCGAUCUCGCUGAAUCCUCUCGCCGUUCGGAGGUUACGUCUCCUAAUCCUCAGUCGGCAAAAGGGAAAGGCUCUCAAAUUAGCAAACACCAGAAGGAGGAUAGCCUUUUAGACCGCAUCUUCACCCGAUCACACGAAUCCAGCAGGGGUCAUGAUGUUGUGACUGACCAGGCGGCAGAUCACCCUGGAGGCUUGCCUAGUCUUUUCCAGAAACCCCAGGAUGUUAUAGGUGCCGUCAGAGGAUGGGCAAUGCAUGCCGUCAAACGACCUGCGACGGUCGAGCCAGAGCCUGUCCCCAAGGACGUACCUGGCGAGAAGGCAGACGACCUACCUUCUAUUCCUACGCCAAGUCCAUCUCCACCAAGAAAACCGUCAAAAGGGAAAGAGAUUUCACCACAGGCGGUUGUCGCACCGAUAGUAGCACCCGCUCAGCCCACGCCAGUCCUUCAUCAAAGUCUCUCACGAGCUAGGAGACCAAGCGUACUCAUCGCUGAUGAGGCUGGAAUUAUACCUCCAAUCGAGCAGCCAAAGACGAAAGCCAGUGACAGAACGACUACGUGGGUCCAGUCGACCGUGCCUCUCGCCGCUGCGGGGCCCGCGUCUAGAUUGGAGGCGACACAGUUUGGCAUGAAUGUCAACAGGGUAACGGCUGAGCCUGUAUCGUUCCCUGGAUACAACUCGCGUUCGGUGAAAGGACCUCGCAAACCUCAAAGACUGGUCAUGCCCACGCCUCUCUCUCCUGCCCGGUAUCCCGGUGGACAACCCAGCCAACCGGCAUUCGGCAUUCUUUCAUCCAUGGGAACGCAUUUUUCGAACAUCCCCAACCCGCAUGCUCUGCCUCCCGGAGCUGGAUAUGGACCUGCGCAUCACCCUCGGCCAGCACCCGUUUCUGCUCGGGUCAUCAACGCAUCCUUUGUGUCUCCGGCGAUGCAGGGAAGGACUGCUGAGCCGUAUGAGGACUUCAACGUCAUCUCCCCCACCUUUGUGCCUCCCCAACAGCCACGUCAGCCUCGCUCUCAAUUUAGGGACCAGCAGCAAACAGAGAGUAGACGCCAAGGUGUGCGGCCAGAUCGAAAGCGAUCGACAUCUCCUUUCGGGAUUCAGCCUGCUUUGUCUGAUAGCGAAUCUCUCCCUCGCCAUCCCGCUCUUCGCCAACACGCUACUCGACGAAGAAGGCAAUCCCAACCAUUGCCGCAGACGCCUGGAUCUGCACGGCCUACAAAGAGACCUAAUUCUGGCGGACCCCCCGAGGCCGCCCCAAGACAGCGCCCAGGACCCUUGCACUCUACGUCCUACAACGCUGAUGUGUCAAUCAGUCCAUCCGUUGCGACUGCGAACCUCAAGAGUCCAUCUUCGCCAUCUUCGCCUCACUCACCCAAUGGCGAUACUCGUUAUCCUCGUGCGACUUCUCGUUCCAACUAUUUUGACGCUUACGACACCGUGGACCCGUAUCUUACGAACAUUCAUGACGUUCUCCCGCCAAAUGUUCCCCCAAAGCCUUCGUCUUCCUCUCCUGUCCGUCGGCUCCUGCGACGGUAA